AUGGCAGCUCAGGUGGGACCUCUCCCGCAGCUCAAGCUGCCCUCGGGCCCUACGCCCAUCACAGCAGAGCAGCGAUACUGGAAAACUUUCAAGAAUCAGAUUCUGAUUCCGUCGCCUACGAAUUAUCCCAUCGUCCACAUCUCGUCCAACAGCGAAUCAUUCGCAAUCACGACAGGCACGCGCAUACAAAUAUUCUCGAACAGAACGCGCAAGCUUCUCAAGACCGUCACUCGCUUCGCAGAUGUUGCGCGCAGUGGUGAACUCAGAAGGGAUGGGAGGGUCUUGGCUGCAGGUGAUGACACUGGAAAGAUUCAGGUCUUUGAUAUUAGUUCCAGGGCCAUCCUCAAGACAUGGGCGCAUCACAAGCAGCCCGUAUGGACCACCAAGUUCUCCCCGACCGAGUUGACCACUCUUUUGAGUGCAAGCGACGACAAGACCGUCCGACUUUGGGAUCUUCCUAGCAACGACCCUACCGCUACCUUCGUUGGCCACUCCGAUUACGUUCGAUGCGCCAACUUUAUGCCCGGCACCAUGUCCAACAUGAUUGUCUCUGGAAGUUACGAUUCGACCGUCAAGCUUUGGGACCCCCGAACAGGAAGAAACAGCGCCGUCAUGACUUUCAAGCAUGCGGCACCUAUUGAGGACGUCCUGUCCAUGCCAACCGGAACCACCGUUCUUGCUGCCGCCGGUGAAUCGAUCAGCGUUCUCGACCUAGUCGGCGCGCGCCCUCUACACAUGAUCACCAACCACCAAAAGACUGUCACAGCUCUCAGCCUGGCAUCCAAUGGUCGACGACUGGUUAGUGGUGGUCUUGAGGGUCACGUCAAGGUCUUUGAAACAACCGGAUGGAAUGUAGUCUCAAGCACCAAGUAUCAGUCUCCCGUCCUGUCAGUCAAGGUAAUUUCCUCUGGCGACGAUUCCGAUUCAAGCGACCGCCACCUUGCUGUUGGUAUGCAGUCAGGUGUCCUCAGUGUGCGAACCCGCCUUACUGCCCCUGAAGCAAACAGGGAAGCCGAGCGUGAGAAGGAAAUGGCAGCCCUUGUCGCUGGCACAAUAGACGCUCAUGAUGCUAAGAAAAAGAAGCGCAAGCGUCGGGUCACCGCUGCCAAGAAGCUGGACAUGAUUGGUGAAGGGGCUGACGUUGUGAUCGCAAACGAGCCUCGUACACACAAGAAGAAGGAGCGCUCAUGGCAAAGCGAUCUACGACACGCCCGAUAUGCCCGUGCUUUGGACCUGGUCCUUGACAAGCACUCUCCUGACCACUCUCCUCUUAACGUCCUCACCCUUCUGCUUGCUCUCCGCCACCGAAGCGCCCUUCGAGAUGCCCUGGAGUCCCGGGAUGAACACACAGUCCAGCCUAUCCUGAAGUGGGUUUGCGGCCAUAUCUGCGACCCCCGUUACGUGAGCGUAUGUGUCGAGGUCGGCCUUCACCUUAUAGAGCUCUACGCCGAGUUUGCAGGCGGCUCAGCAGAACUGCAAGAGGGAUUCAGGACUUUAUACCGCCGUGUUAAGGCCGAGGUGGAAAGAGCCCAAUCAGCAUGCCAAACGGGAGGUAUGCUAGAGAGCUUGAUGGCCGGGAUCCUCUAA